UGAGGGUCGUGCGUGGCGUUUUCAAGUCAGAUGUAUAAACGACUAAUACUUUAGUGAAUCUAAUCUAACGUAUUCGGAUUCGACGGGGCCAGUUGGAGAGGUGUCGAUAUUGUAAGUAGACACAAAGACUUUAAAAAAGUGACAACGAGGCUACAAAUUGGAGGCUGCAUAGUUGAAGUUGCGUGAUUUUAUUGUUUUUUCGCGCCCCUCGUCCGAUCUGGUACGAGAAAAAAGACUCUAGAGCUAGUAGCGCUAGUGGGGUAGUGGGGUAGUGGCCCUCCUGUUGGUGGGAUUGGUCUCAAAACCAGGUCAACUUUCGCCGCGUUCCAUGACAGGUAAUGGCCCUCCAUGCAUCGCCUUAGACUCCCGACCUCCUCCUGGCCACGUACAACCCCAGCCACUCGCCUCUAUUCCUUGUCCAGCGAGAACGUGAAUGUCUACCCUCGGAGGGCCCUCCAUGCUGGACUAGGUAUUCGCUGCUCCGGGGUGGCUGGUCAGUGUUGUUGCCCGCAUGCCCGCACGAGAGGCGGUCCAUCGGGUUAAUACGAUCCAAUCGCAUACCUUUGGAUUUUGGAUGGUGGAGUUAGUGUGUGUGUGUAACUGAGAAAGAGGGAGGUCUAUUAGACGUAGAUACGGUCCAAUGGCGGACGACAAGCCGGCUCGAGGUCAGAAGCGACGAGGCCGGGAAGAUGCCUCGGUGGCGCCCAACGAGGCUGCGGCCUCAGCCCGCAAGCUUUUGAUGAGUAGCGGAGCCAGUCCGGGCAAUUACCUCUGCCCCAUUUGCUUCGAAGUGUUCAAAGAGGCCGUGGUGACGAAAUGCGGCCACAGCUUCUGCCAGGACUGUCUGAUCGAGACCCUCGAGCACACGUCGUCAAAGUGUCCCAAAUGCUUUCAAGUCAUCAAUUCCGCCACGGAGGUCACGCCCAAUUUCGCCUUGAACGCCUUGGCCGAGCAGGUGCUCAAUUGGCAAAAGAGCGGCUUGGCCACCUUGCUCACCACCGCCGCCCAGAACCGAGCGGCCAAUGGAGCGGGAUCUACGCCCACCACCGGCUCGCCUUCGUCCUCGUCCUUGGCCUUGCUGCCCGUGCACGGGCUACCUCAAUGCGUGGAUUACUUGAACCACGCCAAUUUGUCGGGCAAGGACAUUGAGGAGCUCCAGACGUGGCUGGGUCAACAAGGCAAGGCCGUGGCUGAGCGCGAGGUCACGUCCAAGGUGAUCCUGCUCAAAGAGUUUCUCGAGUUGUUGAAGAAAGAGAAGCACGAAGCCCUCACCAAAGCCCAGCGAGAUUUGGACAUGGUGGCCCAAGAUUUGGAGAGCACGCUAGCCCAAGCCCAGUCGUUGGGCGUGGAUCCCCAGGCGUGGACGGACUCCUCGAUCCGGCGUGAAUCACCCUCCUCGGCUCAAUUGUUGAGCAUGCACCAGCACUAUCCCAACCUCGUGGAUUGUUACUUCGAGACGCGUCGUUGUAAGUCCCGUGAACCCUUGGCCGAUGCUCGCCGCUCCACCUCACCAGUCGGUUUGGACCAGUUCUCUACCUCGUUAUCCAAGUUCACCAAGUACUCGGGGAUUCGGGUGAUGGCCAACCUGAAUUACACGAGCGAUAUAUAUAGCAACGCCAGCAUCGUGUCCUCCAUCGAGUUCGACAAGGACGCUGAAUUCUUUGCCAUUGCGGGCGUGACCAAGCGAAUCAAGGUGUACGACUACAAUGACGUCAUUCGCGACAUGGUGGACAUUCAUUACCCGCGGACCGAGAUGGUCAGCCAUUCCAAGAUCAGUUGCGUCUCUUGGAACUCGUUCCACAAGAACCAGCUUCUGUCCUCGGACUACGAUGGGACCGUGAUUCUUUGGGACGCUCGGACUACCCAAAAAAUCAAGGCCUACAUGGAACACGAGAAACGCUGCUGGAGUGUGGACUUCAACGCCGUGGACACGAAACUGUUUGCUUCGGCGUCGGACGAUGCUCGAGUGAAACUGUGGUCAACCUCGGUGAACCAUUCCAUUGCCAGCUUAGAGGCCAAAGCCAACGUGUGUUCAGUCAAAUUCAAUCCCACCAGUUGUUUUCACUUGGCCUUUGGCUCGGCCGAUCACUGUGUCAAUUACUACGACCUUCGAAACCUCAAAUCUCCUCUUGUGAUAUUUCAUGGCCACCGCAAGGCCGUCUCGUACGUCCGAUUCUUGAGUGCCAAUGAACUUCUGAGUGCUUCUACGGACAGUCAAAUGAAACUGUGGAAUGUGGACUCGAACAACUGCAUCCAAUCAUAUCAAGGUCACAUCAACGAAAAGAACUUUGUCGGCCUCACCAGUAACGAGGAUUACUUUGCCUGCGGAUCGGAGAACAACUCGUUCUUCCUCUUCUACAAGGGCCUCUCGAAGCCUCUGUUCUCGUUCAAGUUUGAUGCCGCCCGGACUUUAUUCGGUCGAAACGACCAAUUUGUGGACGAAUCCAACGAGUUUGUCUCGGCCUUAUGUUGGCGAAACGGCUCGGACAACAUCAUUGGCGCCAAUAGUCAAGGAUGUGUGAAGAUUUUUGAACUGAACUGAACUGCAAACAUUCAAGCCAAAAUAAAACAAUCCUGAAUACCUCCUCAUA